AUGAUGGUUAUAGAUAGAGUGUUGAUUUUAUAUUUGAUUGUAGGGGAUUGUAGAGUUUUUUGUGAUUCCGCUGAUUGGGUACAUUUAUACUCUACUACUCCCAAAAGGACUUUGAAGAGACUUUUUGAUAAAGAGAAUUCAAUGUCCUUGGAAUGGUCUGAAACAUAUGGGUAUCUCAAUCUCAGCAAAACCUCAAAAAAUUGGUACUUUUUCCUUAACUGGGUAUUUUUCUCUAUUGUUCAUUAUGCAAGCAGAAGAACAAAGUAUAGAGGGAAGGUUGUUUAUGCUUCAUUGUUUGGAGUUGGAGCACCUGAAGCUUUAGUAAUUGGAGUUGUAGCUUUAUUGGUUUUUGGUCCUAAAGGGCUUGCUGAGGUUGCUAGAAAUUUGGGUAAAACAUUGCGUGCUUUUCAGCCUACCAUUAAGGAGCUUCAGGAAGUUUCUAGAGAAUUCAAAAGCACCCUGGAGCGGGAGAUUAGUCUUGAUGAUGAUCCGAUUCAAGCGAGAAAUACAUUUGAACGAAAAAUGGAAAAUUAUACCUCAAAUUUAUCGGUUUCCACCCCAGACGAGUCUCAAACUGUGCCUAUAACUGAUCCAAAUGUUGCAACGUCUAACAAUGCUUAUUCCACCGAGGAUUACUUAAAGAUCACGGAGGAGCAGCUGAAAGCACAGCAGGAAGCCAUGUCCCCUCCAUCCGUGACCCAGCUUCAACACGAGACUCCACCUGAAGCUUUGCAGCAGGAUGACUUGUCCUCUCCACCUGAAUCGCAGAUUGAACCUCAGAUUCAGGCACAAGCUAUGAAGCAAGAUGUUUCAUCUCCCCCAGAAAACUCAACCGUUCCUGAAAGUCAGCCUCAAGAUGCUCAAAAAACGACGACUGCAGCAACUGUGGUACAAAGACCCAAGAGCGAGUCAUGAUGUAAUCCUCGAGGUUGCUUGGUUUCAAAUUAUACAUGGAGAUUUCUGAAUUGAUCAUGUUUAGCUAAUUUUUGACCUUCAUGAGCCUUGUAAAGUCAGUGAUGCUCCCAUUUUGCCUCACCUAUCAGACUUUUACUUGGACGUAUGUACUGCCUAAACCAUUCACGUUGUAGCAGUUUUUAUGUUUGUCGUAUGUGUAUUUUGUACGAUAUUGUUUCUAAUGCAAAGCAGCAAUGCCAUGAAGACAGUGAUUGUUCUUCGGUGUAGCAGUCUCCGGCGUUUUUGCUCUUUAAAUUCUAAGUCUCUUGUAAUUAUAGACUGAAUAUUAGAAUUACUUUUUGGUUAUACGUGUA